GACAUAUGCAAGUGGGCGUGUGAUGCAAACAUGCAUGGGCGCAGCCUCCACUAGCAAAUUUCGGCAGUGGGCAGCUUGCUUCAAGCAUGCCAGGCGGAACAACGGCGCUGGACCUUGUCCAAGGUAUCACGGAGUACAGCAGUCGCAUUGCGCUGAAGAUGUUGUUCACUCAGUUUGGUGAGGUCACGGCGUGUUGGAUACCACCGCUGGAACAUCGCAGCAAUGAGCGAGCGUAUGUGAAAUUUGGCACCACCAAAGCCGCGCAGGCCGCCUAUGAAGCUUCUCAAGCUGGUCAGUUGUUUCUGGAUGGCGUAGCUCUGAAAGCGGAGUGGCGAAUGGCGCCCGCAAGGACACAAGAUAGCAGAGAUUUCGAAGCAAGGGGAAGCAACCUUAUGACGUCCCGGGAUUUGAUGCGAGCUCAAAUGAGAGGUGGUGGAAAAGGAGGAGCACGUGAUGGAGGUGGAAAAGGUCGGCGCGAUCUUGAUAUGGGUGGCUCCCGUGCGCUGAUGGAUCGAGCGUCGGGAGGUUCCCGGAGGAAUGACGACAGAGAGCGUGAGAGGGAGAAAGACAAAAAAGCCAAGGACCGAGAAAGAAGCCGGGAAAGAGAUCGGUCCCUCGUUUGCAAUUCGUGCAUCGCAGUUAUGGAGGAAAUGUGGCCUUUAAAGGCUUCUGUGUGUGUUUGCUGUUCGGUGUAUUUUCUUUCAGACAUUGUAGGUGUAACGGGCCCUCAGACAACAUAUAUACUGUAGUGAAACAAGCGACUUAGAAGUCGCGCCAGCCAGGAUGUACAUUGUUAAAGCAGGGCUAAAGGAAGUGGGUUCCGCAGUUGGAUCCGCACGUUUUCUGUUGCAGGAACGUGCACCACAUGGUGGAAUAAUACUUCUAUGGGGUGCCCGCCUGGGCUUGCUACAACACUCUAUUCAACUGGCAGAUGACCUCUUUUCCUAUCACAUGUCAUGGAAUAAGUGUUCAAGAUGCUUUUGGUGAUAGCUUUGGCACGCCCAAGCCGUGAGGUGGGGAAGUGGAAAGAUGUGCAGAACCUCCAGACCUCGCCUGAUCUCGCCACGUUGACUUCCUGCUUGACUUCCACUUUGCCCCUUCCCCAACUCUUCGAACUCGAGCUGUCCUGCCCUUCGCACGUCUUCCUGCCGGACUCUGCCUGCCCUGACCUCCCCUGCUAUUCACGUUCUCAACCUGGAACAUAUAUCUUAAACCUCCUCGACAUUUUUGUGGACUUAGCUUCUUCACUUGGGUUUCAUUGUUUCGUGGUUUCAACUGAGGAGUUUCCAGGGAUGAUGUUUUCGCAGACUUGUGCAGGAAAAGAAAGAGCAGAAGCCGGGAUAGGAAGCGAAGAGAACGCUCCCGAAGCCGAAGCCGCAAGCGUUCAGAAGAGCGGCCGGCGUUGCAGGAUGGGGCGGUUGCAAUUGAGGAGGAGGGUACAACAGCAGUAAUUUAAUUUGUUUGCAGGGAGACAAGACGAAGGCUGCGGUGCUAUGGUGAACAUUUGCUGUUUCACCGCAAUGGCAAAAGAAAAGCGUGGAAAAUAACGAAGCACCUCGGGCACACAAUUUGGAUCAGUUUGUCACCUUGCAUCAGAACAUCG